UUCAGUUCUGAGUUUUCCUCUCUGUGUGACCACUCCUCACAUGUUUGCCUGGUUUUUACGAUAGCAUGGACAGCUUUGAUAUCCCCUCUCUGAGAGAUGGUGAGAGUUACCACGUCUUCAUCAGCUACAGCAGCACUGACUACCAGUGGACCCACUCCCUCAUUGAACAGCUGGAGUCCUGCGGCCUGCAGGUCUGCUACCACGAGCGUGACUUCACUCCAGGACGCACCGUGUUGGAGAACAUGUCCGACUGCAUCCAGGAGAGCCAGAAGGUCCUGCUGGUCCUCAGUCCAGAGUUUGUGAGGAGCCGCUGGUGUCUCCUGGAGGCCAACAUGUCUCUGUUCAGGGACUGUCUGGAGAGGAAGCCCAUCGUCCCGGUGCUGCUGGAGCCUGGAGUCCCUAUUCCUCCCCACCUCUGCCACCUCACCUACCUGGAGGCCAACGACCCAGACUUCAAGAACAAGCUGCUCAAGGUGCUCUGCACCCCCAACCAGCAGCUCCAAAGCUCCACUGUGGUCCCCUUCAGGCCUCCCUCCAUCUACAAUGGGAAGGUCCUGCAGCCUUUGACUGCUGUUAAUGAUGAGGAACUCUACAAAUGGGACUCUGGUCUGUUCAGUGACAUGGAGGUGCCGGACCAACUGCGUCUGAUCAUUGAGGACCACGACAAGUACAGAGAGGCUGUGAGGAUCAUCAACAGAGUCUCUGAAGACAAAGUUUGGCUCCGCCCACUCUGGAUUAGAGUCGUCAUUUACAUCGCUGGUCUAGGAUUUUUGACAGCAUUACUAGUAUUUUGUGUGUAUGUGGCAUUUCUAUCCUAUGAUAACUUAAAUUUUCCCCCUGUACGAAGACUUGAUAUUUGGUGGUCAGUGGUGAUAAGUAUCUCCUUUGCUCCACUGGGGUUUUUUAUUCAUCUUGGUCUCUGGAAAAUGGAUGAUGAGAAAUAUAUUCUGAGGGAGAUGCAGAAAGCUGUAGGAAAAGCAAACCUGAUACUCCAUGAGGACAAGGUGUUGAUGGGAUGUGGCUCCAACUCAAAAAUCUAUCUGGUGUAUGUUUCUCUGGACAGUUGCAAACAGGAGUUUGCAGAAACAUUUCCUGAUCAGGCAGAAGAGAUGUUUCAGAGAGCUCUGAUGUUCUUCUCAUCAGGUUACACCUGCAGCCUCGCUAAAAGACACUCUCUCUUUCUUCAGUCCAGCUCCUCUGGUCACCUGAAGGGAGGGCUGUGUUUCUGUCAGUAUGUCUCUCAGCAGCUGAGGAAGGACAAAUGGGAAUAACCAAAAUAAGCCUAUAUUAUCAGUCAAUUUUAGUUUUCUUUUUUGAACAACCUUUGAACCUUUAUUUAAAGAAAAACAUUUCAAAGUGUAUACAUUACACUUAUUCACAACAGCAAAAACUUAACAAAACAAUUAACAGAUCAGCAAACAUUGAUACAUCACCAAAAUCAUGGCAUUAAGCUAUUUUGCACAAAAGGAAGAAAGUAAAUAACCAACCGAGACUGCUACAUUCAGUCAUUCCCUCAGAUCCACCUGUCCAUUUGGCCUGUCAUACCCCCCUCCCUAUCAACUUACACAAUACAACUAAAUCUGAUAAAUGUAGUAGGAAAGUAAAAAUAAUAAUCAUAAUAAUAAUUAUAAUAUAAAUAUAUAUAUGUAUAUAUAUGAUGAUAGUACAUUUGCAAAGACACACCUCUAAAUAUAUACACAAGCAUCCAACCACACACACAUAAGCCUCAUACAAAAAGGGAUACAUACACAAAAAAGUAUGACGGAGGGCAAAUUAGGUACACAAGUGAAUGAACAACCAUCUCCCAAUCUCACAAAUCCUUUGUACUCAUUUGGUUGAUAAUUUAAAGUAAACAAUUACAGAAGCCCAUAAAACCAAAAACUCCUCCAAUCUCACAUUGACUUUAGCUGUUGUUUUUUCCAUCAAUUACACUUUCUUCAACCUCUCUCUCCAUUGGUGAAGGGUGGGAGGCAAUGGUUUGAGCCAGCAAAAUGUUAUCAUAAGAAAAUACAUAAAAUCUUAAGAUUUCGCCUUUCCGUUAACACUAUGUGGUAUUAAACCUAAGAUGUAAUACGAUGGAUCCAGUGGUAAGUCAACAUCUAGAAUGGAAUGUAUUUCUGAUUGAAUACCUUGCCAAUAAAUCUGAAGACUUGGGCAGUCCCAAAAAAUGUGUGUGUGAUUUCCGACCUUUUUACAGUUCCUCCUGCAUAGGUUUUUCUAUCAUAUUUGAUACCGUUAAAGGCGUCUUAAAAUAUCUCAUCCUCACUUUCCAUUUGAAUUCUUUCCAUGUUGGACUGCAUGUUACUUCAUGACCCCUUUCACACACUUCUUCCCACUUUUCCUCUUCGAUAACAACAUUAAUUUCCGGUUCCCACCUUUCUUUUGUACCCAAAGAGUUCCCUGCUAACUAUAUUUAUAAAUACUUAUAAAUGAUUGAAACAGUCUUCCUAGUGCUUUUUUCAUCUUUACACUUCAGCAAGAAAAGUUCUAUAGGUGCAGGUGGCUGUUUCAGCCUAUUCCAAUCCUUAAGUGACAUCAAAUCAAAUUCCUCAGUUGCAAAUAUCCGUAAAAAUCUCUGGCACCCAGACCACAUGUGUCCUGAAACUGUUUAAAAGACUUAAGAGCAAGGGUGUCAAACUCAUUUUGGUGUGCGGGCCGUGUUUGGACAGUAACAUCAGUAAUGAUUUUUGUAUUUUAUAUUUACAUAAAAAAAAGUAAAACUGUUAAACUUGCUCCUAAAACCUAGCCAACUUUGGCCUUUGCAAGGACAUCAAUGUCUUUCUAUUUUAAUAAGAUAAAAUAAAACAAUUACCAGCCUAAAGUGCAUCAAAAAAGUGUACUAAUGUUUUUAUGUAGUAUUUUGGAACUGAACAGCUUUAUUAGGCCACUGUCAA